AUGGCUGGUCAUAAUGCGCCCAAAGACGACGGCCACCAGGAGCCACCGCCGAUUACUCCAGGAGGGGCGUACAGUAUCCAGACGGUGUCUGUAGGCUGCAAAGUCUAUGCUCGUCGCAAGAAUCCCGAUGGCGAACAGGAAGAACGACUUGCAGAAAUCCUUUCUAUCCGCGACAAGCCCAGUGGCACGUAUGGUGGCCACCCGAAGGCCGUCGUCAAGGAGGAGGAGUCUCAGGACUCCACGGACAGACUCGAGUUCUUCGUGCACUGGGACCAGUUCAACAAGCGGCUGGACGACUGGAUCUCGGGCUCUCGGAUCGUUCUGACCAGAGACCUUGAGUGGCCACGGCCCAAGGCACCGCCCAGUGCGAAGAAGUCAGCCGGGAAGAAAGCGCCGCCGCCAGGGAAGAGCCGUGCUCAGUCGCUCCUGAAAAAGGCGGCCACGUCUAACGCUCUCUCGCAUUCCAUAUCCAUAAAGACAGAGCCCGAGACACCACUCCCUGGGACGCCGAAUUUUGAGGGUGCCGCCAGUCCUUCUCCCGCGCCAAACGUGCCAUUGAAGCGGAAGGCCCCGCAUGAUGAGGAAGAGGAGGAGGACGAAGAUGCGGACCUGGACGCUGACGCGGACGGCGAGAUGGACGUGGAUGCUGAAGGAGAAGAGGUCUUUGACCUCGAUACCACUGGCACUCCGCCACCUCCUGCGCCUCUUGCUACCUUCAGCAAAGAACAGGAGAUUGAGAAGCUGCGGACGUCCGGCUCCAUGACGCAGUCCAUUUCGGAGAUCGCGCGAGUGAAGAAUCUCAAUCGCUUGCAGAUCGGAAAGCACGAAGUCGACGCGUGGUAUUUCAGUCCCUACCCGCGCGAAUUUGCGCAUUUGCCGGUACUGUACAUUUGCGAGUUCUGUCUCUCCUACCUUCCUAGCCAGUUCAUGCUCUCGCGCCAUCGUAAACGAUGCACCCUUCUCCAUCCACCAGGGAACGAGAUUUAUCGACACGAGGACAUUUCGUUCUUCGAGUUGGAUGGCAAGAAGCAAUUGGCAUGGUGUCGUAAUUUGAGUCUACUGUCCAAAUGCUUUCUUGACCACAAAACCCUGUAUUACGAUGUAACUCCGUUCCUGUACUAUGUCAUGUGCCACCGAGACUCGUCGGGCUGUCAUAUCAUUGGCUAUUUCUCCAAGGAGAAGGAAUCGGCGGACAACUACAAUGUCGCCUGUAUCUUGACGCUUCCGCAGCACCAGCGCUUCGGUUACGGCAAGCUGCUCAUUGAGUUCUCCUAUGAACUCAGCAAGAAGGAAGGGAAGCUGGGUAGCCCAGAGAAGCCGCUCAGUGACCUUGGGCUUCUGGGGUACCGCGCGUACUGGUCCGAAACGAUCAUCGAAUUGCUACUCAAUACGACGGACGAUAUCAGCAUUGAUGACAUCGCGCAGAAAACGUCAAUCACCCAUGCGGAUGUCAUGAAUACAUGUACGACGCUGCAAUUGUUCAAACACUACAAGGGCCAGCAUGUCAUCUCUAUUCCCGAGGCGCUCCAAGAGCGACAUAAGAAGAGAAUGGAGAAGCGCAGGCGGCGCAUCCAUCCAGAGUGUCUCCAAUGGAAACCGCCGGUCUUCACUCGAGAUCAGCUCAGAUUCGGCUGGUAG